AUGGCUCAAGGGAAAUUGAAUCCUCAAUAGGUCUUCAUGUAAGGAAAGAUGAAAAUCAAAGGGAACAUGGCAGCUGCCACUAAGUUCAUACUGAAUUUGAUAAGUAAAGAUGCCAAGUUUUGA